AUGCCCGGAGCCGCCGCCGCCGCGAUGCUCCCGGCUCAGGAGGCUGCCAAGCUGUACCACACCAACUAUGUGCGGAACUCGCGGGCCAUCGGCGUGCUGUGGGCCAUCUUCACCAUCUGCUUUGCCAUCGUCAACGUGGUGUGCUUCAUCCAGCCCUACUGGAUCGGCGACGGCGUGGACACCCCGCAAGCCGGCUAUUUCGGGCUCUUCCACUACUGCAUCGGCAACGGCUUCUCCCGGGAGCUGACCUGCAGGGGCAGCUUCACGGACUUCUCCACGCUGCCCUCGGGCGCCUUCAAAGCCGCCUCCUUCUUCAUCGGCCUCUCCAUGAUGCUCAUCAUCGCCUGCAUCGUUUGCUUUACCCUCUUCUUCUUCUGCAACACGGCCACCGUGUACAAGAUCUGUGCCUGGAUGCAGCUCACCUCCGCUGCCUGCCUUGUGCUUGGCUGUAUGAUUUUCCCUGAUGGCUGGGAUUCAGAUGAAGUGAAACGGAUGUGUGGAGAAAAGACAGACAAGUACACUCUCGGGGCUUGUUCAGUCCGCUGGGCAUACAUCCUGGCUAUUAUUGGAAUUUUGGAUGCCCUGAUCCUCUCAUUUCUAGCAUUCGUGCUUGGUAACCGACAAGACAGCUUGAUGGCAGAAGAACUGAAGGCAGAAAACAAAGGUAAGAUUGCUUUAGGGAACUCUUACCUGGAUGCUUCAAGCACAAAACAUGGAGCUGGAAGCAGACAAAAGAGCCUGCUGGGUGGGGAGGAGGGGGACGACUCACAGGCCUCUCGCAUGAUUUCCCUCACGCUGUUGCUUCCCACACACUGUGCCCUGAAGCACCUCAUCUUCCUUUUGCUUUUACCUCGAUUAAUGUCCUUCAUAAGUUUGCCUGCCCACGACUUCACCCUGCAGCCGCUGCCCAGCGUGCGCUCAACUGUUAUGAUCUCUGGGGGUUGUUUUCCAUCUUCCUUCUUGAUGAUUAUGUCAGCAGCCUUCUUCCUUCUGACCCACGGCUACUGGGUGCUGAAGUCUCUUGUGCUCUUCCAGGUGACCUUCCUUUUUGCAAGUGCAGGAUUCCAGGUCUCGGCUUUGUUCUUGGUUGCUGUUAUGUGA